CACAGCAGCAGGCUUCAUGUAAACACGCCGCGCGGGGCUUUGUUUCACACACAACGCACACACACUUCGCUGGUAUCUUCUUCUAGUCAUGCCAUGGAUAUUUUGUGGCAAUACCAGUUCAGGAUAAUUUUACUCGGGGAUUCGACAGUGGGCAAGUCGUCGUUGCUGAAACGCUUCACGGACGGAAUCUACAGUGAUGUAGCGGAUCCGACGGUCGGCGUGGAUUUCUAUGCCCGCUCGCUUGAUAUCGAGCCCGGGGUGAAGAUCAAGCUGCAGCUCUGGGACACGGCUGGACAGGAGCGAUUCAGGUCCAUCACAACAUCAUACUACCGUAACUCCGUAGGUGGACUACUUGUCUUUGAUCUCACCAAUCGCAAGACCUUUGACCAUGUGAGGGAGUGGCACAAGGAGGUGAGUGAGCACAUCCUGCCCCACCACAUGGUCUACAUCCUCAUCGGCCACAAGAGCGACCUCAACAAGGACCGCAAGGUGAGCCGCGACGAGGCCGAGCAGCUGGCGGCCGACCUGGGCAUCCGCUACGUGGAGACGUCGGCCAAGUGGAACAGCAACGUGGACCGGGCCUUCGAGCUGCUGACCAAGGACAUCUACGAGCUGAUGAAGAUGGGGGAGAUCGUCACCCGCGACGGCUGGGACGGCGUGAAGAGCGGCCUCACCGCCAAGGUCCUCUACCCGACCGACGAAGAAGAGGAACUAGCUACCGCGGUGGCUGAAAAGGGCUGCCACUGCUGACUGAGAACUCUAUGUGUCCAAACACUGUCUGUCACACCGAGAGCUCACCUUGUCUCACAGCUUUCCAUCGCAACCAAGUCACUCAGGCUCAGCACCCUGUGAUAUCACCACCCAUCACUUCCUCACCUUGUGCUUCGUGCCCUCUCUUUGUGUGGGUUCUUUUCUAACAGGGGGCCAUUGUACAUCCCGAUGUGUAUCUUCUAGGCAAGUUGUAUCUCUAAAGCCACGUGGUGUAGCAUGAGCUCAGCUGAUUGGGCCUUGUUGGGUUUGGAAAACACAGAAAGUGCAGAGGGGAUCAUGGCUUGGAGCUUAGGGUGUAGCCGGCACUGCUUUCCACAGGCCUUGAGUUAAUGGACUAUACUGAAGAUACAUUUCAUACAGCACUAGUGUGGGUUUCUACCUGUUUGUGCGAUGCUUUGCCUGCAAUCUUUUGUGACUGUCAUAUUGUAAAUAAUAGUGAAAUCUAUAGAGAUGAAAGCUAAAAGGUCACUGAAAGCUAUUUAAUUGAUAGUGUGAACAGACACAGUGCACUCCACAAUAAGUGUCACCAUAUUAAAUCAAUGUGCUCCUCCUGCUAUACUGUAAGCUGUAUGUGCACUUACGCCAAACUGACUUUGAUCAUUCUGUGAAUAGAUGAAUAAUGUUUUUGUAAAAAAAAAAAUACAUUAUUUCUAGUUAAGGUGUAUACAUAAAGAUAAGCCAAUGUAAUUAGAGUAGGUGGUCCCAUUUAGGUAUUUGUAUCAUAGCAACAGGAGCAAGACAUCAAGCCAUCAGACCUUUAAUGUUUUUAUCAGCCGUAGUAAAGAAGUGUUUGACUCAAAGCAAAGGGGAUUUUGAAUGAGCUACAAACAGUUUUUUUCAAAGCUUAAAUCACAAAAAUAAGAUGACUGAUCUUUACAUGUUUGCUGCUUUAGCAGGCUUAUUAUUUAUGCUGUGUUCCAGAGGAGUCUAGAGGAAAUGUUGGUUUAAGUGUGGAGAAAAUUAAAAGUAGUACCUGGGGAAGAAAUGUGGUAACACUUUAGAUUAGGGAACACGUAUUCAACAUGAAUUAGUUGCUUAUUAGCAUGCAAAUAAGUAACACAUUGGCUCUUAAUUAGUCAUUAUUAAGUAGUUAUUAAUGCCUAAAGCGGGUCACUGGUAGACUAACAUUGGCGCAAAGUGAGCCACGUUGUAGAGUAAUGAUUGACAUUACAAUCUACCAACCCUCAUCCGAUCUUCCAAAAGGAGCCACCAGUCACGUCAAAGGUCUGGAGAAGGUGGCUAUUUGCCGUUUCCAUGGUUUCGUUCACCACUAUGUAGAGACUUAUAAAGUCCAUACAAAGUAAAGCAUAUUAAGAUCAUAACUCAUAUACAACAACUUCCUUACUUACUACUAAUACGCAAUAAUUCUGAGGUUAUUGAGGGAAAACUCUUAGUUAAUGUCUUACUGGUUGUAUAAUAAGGCCAUGCAGAAUAAGACAUUAAUAACUACUUAAUAUUGACUAAUUAAGAGCCAAUAUGUUACUUAUUUGCAUGCUAAUAAGCAACUAAAUAAUAAUAAUAAUAAUACAUUUUAUUUAUAGAGCGCUUUAUAAUAUACUCAAAGACGCUUUACAAUUAAAAUCAGCAACAUUAAUCAUACAAUUAUUAUUAUUUAUAAUUAUUAACUUAACUAAUUAAUGUUGAAUAUGUGUUCCCUAAUCUAAAGUGUUACCAAAAAUGUCAACUUAAAGCUAAUAAGCAUUUCUUAGGAUAUUUAAGUCCAAACCCACUGCAGUUCAACAGUGGCAGCAGGGAAUAUGCCAUGAUUACAGCACCCUGUAUUGGCUUUUUGCUAAAGACCUUUGCCUGUGCCCCUCUCACUCAUAUUUCCUGUUGAUAAAAAUGUUUUAUUUUAUCUUUGGAGGGCCUUUUAAGAAUAAUUCAGUAUUUUGGGAAGCAACUCUUUUCACUGUCUUUCACAGAGUUUGAUGAGAUUGUUGAUUCACAUCCAUCUUAUUUCUGUGCAUCACGAUGCUAGACCCAGCAAGGGAUUAGCCUCGUUUAGCAUGAAGACUGAAGGCACUAAUUAGCCGCGUUUCCUUUCAGGCCACGCCCUCUCAAAAGUCUGCUUACUCUGCGUGUCUCCAUUACAAAAAGGCCCCCAGAGGGAUUUAGAGACUCUGGAGGUGACUGUGCUGCUUCGAUUCAUUCUUACUCUUCUUAAAAAGAGUGAGAAGGAGUCUCCAAAAGUCUCCAAUAAAACCAGAAAAAGUCGCUAAAUACAGCAACAAAGUCGGCAACACUGCUUCCCCGGCUUUUACAAAUGGCGUGUGUUGUUGUCAGGUAGAGUACUACGUCACAUCCUGCUUAGCGAUCUAUCCAAUCAGUAACCAGGCUGUUUUCAGGGGAGAAAAAAGCCCCUGCUCUUCAACAGGGACGAAAAAAGUCCAGACAAAAGCCGGCUCUGGACUGCUCGUAUUCAAAUUAGGGGCGUUUUGGCGAGUGAGACACGCCUCAUUCUGGGUAUUGGCCGGUAGUGGAAACAGCCCUAUUAACACUUUGGACAUUACACACAUGAAAAAUAGCUAGCAUGUUAAAAUAUACUCCGAAAAGAAAACAAUGGGAGUUAAUCCCUGAAUUCAAGAGGAUGAUUCUGUGGGCCAUGGCACAGGAGCUCAUUAUAUUUUCUGCAGCACUGAAUUCUGUGCCAAGUUGUUCGACAUUAAGAAGCAUGUGUCAACUCAGAAAAAUACUCAAAAAAACAAAUCCAGCCUCCGUUUUUGAUGAAAGCACCGAUGUAAAUGUCUCAAAGUACCUUAGGAUGGUAAUUCAGUAUUUUAGUCAAGGGGAAUGUGUUGGCCACGUACCUGGGCUUUCCUGAGCUGCAGGGAGGGUAGGCUCGAUCAAUAACCACAGUGCUUCUUGCUUUUCUUGAUAAGUGUGGCCUCAAGAGGGAAAACCUGCUUGGCAUUGGCACAGAUAUUAAUAAUGCAUCUGCAGUGGCUGGAGUGUACAAUGGUGUGCUCUCAAAAAAAGCAGAGACUCACUACACCACAGCUUCCAGGUACUGUGGAAUUCCUUGCUAGAGAAAGUUGUAAUUGAGUCUAUUUCACCCAGGUAUUUCAUCCCACCCUCGAUAGGAUAAUAAACUGUGGGAAGAAGCCUUUACUGAUAACUAAGAUCUGUGGUGUGGAGCCUGCCAUGUCCACAAUCCUGCAUCAGUGGGAGGAAUUAAAAUUUCAUUUCAGCCCCAUCAUGCUAGGUGAACACCGCUACAUGAUGGUGUUCACCUAGUGGUAGAGAGCCACAUGUGGCUCUUUAGGCCAUCUGCAGUGGCUCCAUGUGGCUGGGACAAAAAAAUCAUACGACAUGAACAUUUAUUUCUGUUUUCCCUAUAAACUGUAUUAAAACAUCUACAGCCCAGCAUUUUAAAAUCUACAUUUUGCCAACUUUAUGUCUAGUUUUGAGAGUUUCUAUAGCUAGACUAGCUUUCGAUUCCAAAUCUCCUGAGAUAUUUCUCCUGAGAUAUUUCUCCUGAGAUAUUUCUUUGAUAUUUCUUUCUCUUCGCUGCAUUCUGACAAAAUCAUAUUAAUAAAUGCUCAUUGUUACUGAUUAGUAAUGUUGGUAGGCUAAUUUAGACUUAGUAGGUUUUUACAUCUUCAUUGUGAGGCUCAAAAUAAGGAUUGCGGCUCCGUUCCGACAUUAUUUCCCUUUUAUUUGUCCAACAAUGGCUCUUUUGUUAGUAAAGGUUGCCGACGCCUGGUAUAGGUGAUGACAGAGCACACUGCUUCCAGUCUUCAUGCUGAUCUAGUCAUGCUCUGACUACAGCUCGGUACUGAAUCCAGACUAAAUCAAUCUUUUCAUCUAACUCUCAAAGACAGUAAAUACGUGUUUCCUAACAUGUUAAAAUGUGGGUAACGCUUUAUAUUAAGGUCCUUGUAAUAACCAUUAAUUAACAAGUAAUAAGGCCCUUGUACAUCCUUACAAGAUGCUUAUUAACAUUAUUGUGUGUUUAUAAGCUUAUAUAAGUGUUAAUAAUGGCAUUACAAACACCCAUAACCCACCCAUUAUGUCUUUGCCAUGCCUUUAUUAAUCUUAUUUUGUUUGCUUAUUGAUAUUAAAAUAUACUUUAUUGCUCAUCUAUUAUAAGUUAACUAUAAGUUAACUAUGCUUUUUGCAACUACCGGAUCUAAAGCGAGAACAAUGCCUUAUUACAUGUUAAUUAAUGGUUAUUAAGGACCUUAUUAUAAAGCGUUACCAAAAUGUGUCCUUAGAGCUAACAAAAAUGCCUGUUCUUACUCACGAAAGUGGAAAAAGUGAUUACCUAAAUCUCAAUUUUAAUGUUAACGUUGCUGGAAUUCUCCGUCAAUUAAGAAUUGUUGACAUAGCAUACUUGACUUAAUCUUUGUCCAUGGGUAGGAGUAUUUGGAAUGUCUCGACUUGUGACACCAAUAAUACCAGCUGUAAUAGUCAGCUGGCUGUUCUCAGCAGUGAGCUGCAGUUAUGAUGAAUGCAUGUCUGUGCACACCACUUCCAAACAUAGCAGAAACUACCUUUCACCUUUCACCAGCAUCUCACCAAAUAACCUG